CCGCCCCGCUUACCACCGGCACGGCUCCCCGGCCCCGCCCGGAGGUGAGGGAGGGAGGGAGGACCCGGCGCUCCCCGCCCGGCGCCACACGGGGGAGUUUCCCCUCAGCGCGGGCAGGUGGGGCCGCUCCGCCGCCCGCCCCGCCUCAGCCCCGCGGGGCAGCGCGGGCAGCCCGCGGCGCUCCCGGCUCGGUCGCUGCCCCUCGCCGGCAGCUGCCGCCAGCAGCAACAGGUCCGUGCCCGCUCCUCCCUCCGCCUGCCAGGCGAACAAAGGGCCGAGCGCGGCCCCGCGCCCGCCCGGCCCCUCCGCCAGCCCGGCCCCCGCGCUUCAGCCAUUUGCCUCGCCUGGCACCGCGGCGCCGCUCGCAGCCGCCUCCCGCUCCGCUGCCUGGGCCGGGCGCCGGGGCCGCUGCGCUGCGGGAGCUGCCCCGGAGCGGCGCGGGGCUCGUCGGCCGAAAGGAUCAGGACCAAUUGAUUGGCAGUGCUGCACCCUUUUCUUCAUCCUAAAAUGCUCCUUGGAUGCUAACUGGCAGUUUUGGCUUCAGAAGGAUUACAAGACUGGGGGGAAUGCAUAUGAGGAACACUGAUAUGGAGAGAACUUCCUGAAGGUCAUGCCAAGUGAAAUUUGGCUAGUGGGGAAUCGCCUUCCAGAAUAGACUGCGGCCUCAGCCUUCCACUGAAACAGUUGCACAAGGUGAUGGCCGCGCUCCGCACGGACCAGGCGCGGCGCCGCCGCAGGUAGCGCGGCUCCAUGGAGGGCAGCGGCGCGGCCCCGGAGGAGGAGGAGAGCGGGGCCGCGAACGGCGCUCCCCCCCCGCCGCCGCCGCCCACGCCGGCCGCCCCCUGCGGCUUCAGCUCCUCCCUCUGCUUCAGCGCCGCCGCUGCCGAGCCGCAGCCGACGGCGGCCGGCGGCCGAGUGGUGCAGAACCAGUGGGAGAUCAACAACGCCGCCUGCCAGCCGGAGGAGGAGGAUGAGGAGGUGGUGGGGCCGCGGGACCGGCCGCCGGAGGAGCCCGACCUGGUGAUCGAGGUGUCGGGCCGCCGUAUUCGGGCGCACAAGUCGGUGCUGGCGGCCAAGAGUGACUAUUUUCGUGCCCGCGCCUCACGGGACGUCCUGCGGGUGAAGGGGGUGAGCUACGGGGCGCUGCGGCUGCUCAUCGACUACGUGUACACGGCCCGCAUGGGCGAGGUGCGGCACGACAACCUGGCCGAGGUGGUGAGCGGCGCCCGCGUCCUGCAGAUGCCCUGUGCCCUGCACUGUGCCGCCGAGGCCAUGCGCGCCCAGCUCUGCCUCGGCAACUGCUACCAGCUCCUCUGCCUGGCCAAGAAACAGCGGCUGGCCGAGCUGCGGGAGGCUGCCUAUCGCUUCAUGAGCGACCAUUACCUGGAGGUGCUGCGGGAGCCCAGCGUUUACGGCCGCCUCAGCGGCGCUGAGCGGGACCUCAUCCUGCAGCAGCGCAUGGACGCCGGCCGGCCCUGCUUGCUGGUGGCCGAGGUCAGCGAUGCCUUCGAACGGCCGGGUGGUGGCAGCCGGCCACAGAGCCGCGAGAGCAGUCGGCCACAGAGUCCGUCCUCCGUGGUGUCGCUGGAGGAGAGUGGCUCCCUCAUUCACUACUACCAGGAGGGCAGUGGUGAGUGGAGAGUGCUGACGCGCCUGCCUGAGGAGGCCAACGCCAAGGGCUGUGCCAUGUGUGUCCUCCACAACUACCUCUUCCUUGCAGGGGGCAUCGUGACUGGCCCGAUGGGCGGUGAACCCAGGGCCCGCCUUUCCGACAAGGUCUUCUGCUACAACCCCCUGACUGACUCAUGGAGCCAGGUGCGGCCGCUGGCUCAGCCCCGCUCGCAGCUCAAGCUGCUGGCCCUGGAUGGUUACCUCUAUGCUGUGGGGGGCGAGUGCCUCUUCACUGUGGAAAGGUAUGACCCGCGGGCCGACCGCUGGAGCCCUGUGGCACCUCUGCCCAAGGGUGCCUUUGCUGUGGCUCACGAGGCCACCACUUGCAACGGGGAGAUCUAUGUGUCAGGAGGCUCCCUCUUCUACCGCCUGCUCAAAUAUGACCCGAAGCGUGACGAGUGGCAGGAGUGCCCUUACAACAGCAGCCGCCGGCGCUCUGCUGACAUGGUGGCCUUCAAGAGCUUCAUCUACCGCUUUGAUGUGAGCAGCGGCCGCGGUGGGGAGCAGGGCCCAGGCACGAGCGGCGGCGUUGAGGUUUUCCGGUACAACACGGUGGCCAAGUGCUGGAGCCAGUGCGCCAGCCUGCGGCCCAGCGGCGGCCCCAUCCAGCCCUUCCGCUGUGCCCCCUUGGGCAACACCAUCUACUGCGUCAACCGGACCGGCACCCUCCGCUUCAGCCUAGCCCAGGACGGUGAGGUGGAAGCAGACGGUGGGCUCAAGGGCACCUUCGACGGGGAGCUUCUUAAAGCUCCCUUGGAUGCCAAGGGUGUCCUCCUACCCUUCGUGCUUACCCUGCCUGAGAGGCUGGACAAAACAGGGGACCAGGAGGGCUCCCUCCCACUGUAAGGUGGCUAGCCUGGCUCUGGCUUCCUCAGAGGGGAGCUGGGUUGCAGAUCCACAAACUCCCAUCUACGCAGGGGACCCUCUCUGUUGUGUCUGCAGAGAAAAGGGGCUUCCCCUUUCCUCCUCUCUGCUCUCAAGAUGUUGAGCUGGUUUUAACUCAGCUGUAACUCUUCUCAUGUUUGCUGGGCUUUGUGUGAAAAGCCAAGCACACAAAAGUAAAAGCUGCUAUAAAGGAUAAUCUCUGGAUUAUGUUUGUGCCAAUCCCCAAUCUGAGAAUAACGUUUUGAAACCUGGAUUUCUAAAAUAUUCUUGACUACAGUGUCAUAAUGGGGACGUUAGUGUUGGUUGUGGUUUACACAUAGUUGCAAUCUGGGCUGGAGCCUUUUCUGCCAUUUGUGGUUUUUUUCCCCUCUGGGAUGAUACUGAGGGAUAAACAUUGCUUGCAACAUAGUUUAGCUGCAUUAAACCAACUAUUUCCUGUGUUUAAAAAGUAUAGGAAGAACAUCUCCAUCACAGCCUUUCAUUUCUGGUGCAAUAGAUGGUUUAAGGAAGCUGUGGCACUGUAUUAGUCCCAGGAAUUUCAACCACAGAUGAGGUUGAUGAGAUACCAAACUUAAUGUUUUAAGUAACACAAAUGUGAGCCACAUGUUUUACUUGGAAUACAAAGAAAAAAGAAAAAAAAAGUCAAGUUACCUUUCUACAAUGUGGCAUUUUAUGGUAGAUAUGAAAUGUUGAUAUGCUCUUUAAUUGAAAAAGGCAAUGUUUUCUGUAUGAAAAGAUACUGUUUUAUUACUUUUCUUGAUCAGAGGUUUUGAAUUAAAAAUGAACUGAAGCUGUUCAAAUUGCAGCCAAUUGACAUGACCAUGUAUGCCACUAGAGCUGGGGAAAAACUUCAUAUGCUCUUUAAUUAACUGCAGGUCAAGGAAGGUUAACCUAAACCGACCUGUGGCAAAAGGCCUUUCCCACUUAUUUUCAAGACCAUCAAAAGGGGACAUGGAAAAUAGGAAUGUGCUACACAUAUUAUAUUGUGCACUAGCAUGAUGUUACUUCCCUGUCUUUUGAGAGACUGCUUUAUUUAUUUUGAACUAAUGAUUGCUGUAAUCAAUAAGUCCUUGUUAAUUGCAGGACGUGCUGAUGGCACAUGCUGUCAUUGUGAUUCUAAACUGCCCAAGAGUGCUGUUUGUGGGGCAGCAUCCAAAUGAGGCAAAACCAUACAAAACUUCUUCCUGCCUGUGGAAAGUUGGAGCACACUUUUUGUCAUGUUACUCAGAACUGGAAAACAUGAAAUGUCUACACAGACAGACUAUAUUGAAAAGGGCACAUGCAUUUAUUUUAUACAUUUUAUAUUUUAAAAAAAUCAGUGGGCAAGGCAAAUGUUUUAGCUUUAUGGUAAAUCACUGAGAAACCUUUUCUGAAAAAAGAACCUGUGUUUUUGCUGGUACUAUGCUGAGUAUUCAGCAUGGAACUCGCAUGGACUGUGGAAGAGAAUUGUUUAUACUCGAAGCUCUAGUAUAGAUUCAUAUUUUAGAAAGACAUAGGGACCUUACAUCAAAAAAAGCAGAUAUUUUUAUGUUUUAUUGAGAUGUUUUUGUUAAACAGGACUUUAGCAUUCUUACACAUAAUUGCUAGUUCCAAAGGAAGGCAGCAGGCUCUGUCCUAUGAAACACCAUCUGUACAAAAGAGAAUAGUGAACUUUAUAGAUCUUUCUUUCUUUCUUUCUUUCUCUUCUUUCUUUCUUUCUUUCUUUCUUUCUUUCUUUCUUUCUUUCUUUCUUUCUUAUUGUUUGGUUUGGUUUUUUUUUUUUUUUUUGUCUUCUCAUUGCUGUUGCACAGGGUUUUAAUGCAGAUGAUCUGGUUAGUCAUUCUAUAGAAAACAGUGGUCCAGUCCUAAAAGUUCUUAGCCAAGGGAGCCUGUUCCCUAGUGAGCUAAUUAAAGCAUCAGUCAGGCAGGAGCUGUAGGCCUGCGGAGUGUGACAUUUAUCUUAGCCUCAGUACAGGCUGGUGCAGUGGAAUUUAGCAUCCUUCACAGAAUAUUUGAUUUAAUUCUCAGACGAGAAUCCUUGGAAAUGUUGACUCUAGAUUAAAUUACGGCAUUGUAGUUUGAGCAGGAAAGAAAAAUUACAUGUUUGCUUUCAGCAUAAUUUUUAUGUUAACUGUAGAAAGUAUUUCAAGCUGUGUAAGGCAAGACUUAGAUGCAUACUUACACUAGAGAUGCAAGUGCUAGGCCAGAUUUUGAAAUAGUAGCAUCACCAGGAACACAAGGAAUCGUCUGUUUUAUCUUGCAAUACAAGGCAAUUUCAUAGUUCAAAGACUUACGUAGUAUAGUUCUUAUACUACAGUGUAGUGAGAUAUCAAGCCAGGUUUUGCAUUCCUAUUAAUUAAGCAUUUUCAUUCUGCUAAUCCAUGAAAAUGCUUCUAAAUGAGUUUUGGGAAGUUUCCAUGGUUUAAGAUGUGACAAUAAUCCACAAACUUUUGGGAUAGAAUGAACCAUAUCCUUUCUUCCAAUAUUAAUUGCUGUACACUAUGAAGAAAUACAUUUCUACAGUAAUAAGUGUUCAAGAAACCUGCAGUGGUUUGUGUUUUUGCUAGCUCCUAUUUUUUAAAAAAGUUGAAUCAAGUGCUUACCUGCUUUCACUGUGUACACAGUGUCAGUGGGGAGAGUCUGGGCUUCAUUAGUAUCUGUCUAUCAAAUCUGUUUCCUUUGUACACUGCAUAGUCACAGCCUGAUGAUUAACAACAGAGGCAUGUUUCUAGCCAGAUUUCCUACUCUGUGGCCUCUGUUUCCUCCCUGGUAGGCCUGAGGCAGGUUUGCUGAGAAUUGUUUUUUCCCCCAAUUCUAUCUUCACAAAGAAACCCCCCCCUCCCUGCCCGCCCCCGAACUUGAGUACUAAAACCAUAACUUAGAUAGUCUUCAGGCAUUUAAAGACUGAAAUUGUCAUUCCAGAACCCUCUAGUUUUAUUUAAACCUAGCACAACUGUCUCUUUGACAUGUGGAGCUGCUGAGCAGUUCACCUCCAACCAUUUGGAAUUGCUCAGAGCAGUUCCACACCUGCCUACCAAGUGGGAUAUCCAGAAACCACUGAUGUAAUAGGGUUUAAUUUAGGUACAAACCAAAAGGCCAGGCCACCCUCAAGUUGUGUUUGUAUGUGUGUUGUGCUUUUAAAUCAGCCAUUUUCUCUAGAGUAGCCUGAAGCGUACCAUAUUUGCAUAGGAACACGGAGACCUAUGUGUGCUUUCUUAGCCUCCAAGCAUUCAGUCCACAUCUCCCACCCUCUGGUUGGUUGUCAAUGGACUAAAGGAACUCUUGGAGUUAGUCAAGAUAGUCAUCCUCACAGAGUGAUCUGAGACCAGCUAGAGAGACAUAGUCUGCCCUGCUGUCUUUCUUCCCCCUGAAUCUUACAGUCCUCCCAUUUUAAUGGGACACGCAGGAGACGGUUGCCCUAAUUUUUCAUUGAGUAAUUUUUCCUCCCUAGACUACUCCUGUUUUCAAGGUUGUCUGCUAGGGAGUUUCAGCUUGAAUUCCCAUAAGCUUAGUAAGGACUGAACUGGGGCCUUGCAGUUCAUGUGUGUGUGUGUGUGUGUGUGUGUUCUCAAACCUCGAUGGCUGUUCAGGAGAGGUACAUGGGGACCACCUCCUGCGGUUCUUCCUCAGGGGUGAGCUUCAUGCAAAUCCUCCAAAAGCUCACACACACAGGCUCCUGUACAUUGAGUUCUGAGUAGAUUCCAGGCCCCACCUCCUGGAUGGAUAAUUCAGCAUGGAUCUUGUACGAGUUGAUACAAUCAGAUGUGUUUUCUUUGGAAAGCUUUUGCAGACAGGCUCUAUGUUUUAGGUUACCAGUCUGAGGUGAGCUCCUCUAUAUGCUGUACUGGGCAGCCAGACAGGUAAUUUGGAUUCUUCUCAGGGGUACCACCUUAGUAAAGAGGCAUUGCAGUACCUAACAAUGAAAUGCCUAAAACCUUCAUUGAACCUAAAACUAAAUCCCCAUUUCAAUAAAGAAAUGUGAUUAACAGAUGAAACUUUACUGUUUCUAUCUACUAACUGGUUCUGCAAAAUAGAGAUCUUAAUUGCAGCAGAAGCAUGUGUACAGAUUCUGUUUACACUUGAAACUAAGUCAAAAAAGUAAUUGGCAAAAGAAUAAUCCUGUUUGAUCAAAACUGGCACUGUUAAGCAACAUGGGGAGGAUGUUAGUCUUACCCUAGUAAUGGCUAAAAAUGUGCAGUUGCUGAUGUAAAUGCUAUCCACAGAAAGUUUCUUUGUAAAUAAAUACCUGGUAAAAUUUAAAGCGAUGAAAGAAUAAAUUACUCACAUGAAAGCCAUACCUCUCCUGUGCUGUUUGGCUCUCAGAGUGCUGUAUCCCAAUUACAACUGUUCAUGAGUAGCUAUUGCUUUUCCUGAUUUACAUCAUGUAUUCUGUUGACUGCUCCAUAAAUGUGUUAACCUUCAUUAUCACAAAACUUAACAAUGUUGCUGGUGCUUUGUGUCUGGACUGAUAUGUAGUGUUUUCUGCUGGAAUUAAUCCAGAUCUAGAGAGAAUCCUAUCUUUGGACUUUUUUGUUUUUCCCCAGUAGCAUUGCUCCUGGGAAACUUAAGAAAACACAAGAAGGGGAAACAGUAGUACUGUUGAGCAGUGAUAGUAAAAAGCAUUUUAUUAAUUUGUCUUUUUUCUGCUUUUAUUUUCCAAAGUGGAUUGGCACUGGUUUAGCAGAACAGCUCUAUUUGGCUAUUAGCAAUAGUAUGAGUCUGAGUACUAUUGUAGCAAAGUAUGUUUUUACCUAUUUCCUGUCUCAGUUCCUACUCUGAGGUAAUGUAGUACAAGUUUGUAAUAGUUCCAUGCAUUUACUAGGUUACUGGAACUAUUCUGACUUCAUAUUACUCCUACUAAAAGCAGAGAUUGACACACAAGCUCAGUAAAACUGUGUGCUCAGAGUAUGUGAUCACACACGUUUCAUUUGGUUUGGCCUACUGAAUGCUGAGAGCUGCUGGAAUGAACCCACUGGUAUUAGGAAUCAGCAGGAGUGCUGGUUUUGGCUGGGGUCAAGUUAAUUAUCUUCACAGUAGCUGGUAUGGGGCUGUGUUUUGGAUUUAUGCUGAAAACAGGGCUGAUAAUAGAGCUGCUUUCAUUGUUGCUGAGCAGUGCUCGCACAGAGCCAAAGCCUUUUCUGCUCCUCACCCCACCUCAGCAGCAAGGAGGCUGGUGGUGCACAAGAGCUUUGGAGGGGACACAUCUGGGACAGCUGACCCCAACUGACCACAGGGAUAUUGCAGACCAUUUGUUGUCAUGCUCAUCACAUAAAGAUGGAGGAAGAAAAAGGAAGGGAGGACAUGUGGAGUGAUGGAGUUUGUCUUCCUAAGUCACCUCUAUGUGUGUUGGGACGCUGCUUCCCUGGAGAUGGCUGAACACCUACCUGCCCAUGGGAAGCAGUGUAUGAAUUCCUUGUUCUGCUUUGCUUGCAGGUGCAGCUGGUUAUUAAACUGUCUUUCUUUCAACCCAUGAGUUUUCUCGCUUUCCCCCUUCUGAUUCUCUCCCCCAAAUCACUGGGAGGAGUGAGUGAGUGGUUGUGUGGGGCUGAGCUGCUGGCUGGGGUUAAACUGCAACAGCAUGCUAUUUUGGAGACUAACUUUCAUGAAUUACCCAAAGGAAAGAAAUGGGAGUGAGGGAUAGGAGGGAAGAGAUGAAUUCAGAGUCAAAAGUACCUACUGUGUAUCCAGUUGAAACAAAUAGCAGGGAAGGGAAACUACAGUUGAUACUUGAAACAGUGAUGACUAUAGGGCCAGGUUUUUUUCAAAUAUUUCUUGACCAGGCUAGGUUUUUCACCAAUUAUAUUGCUACUUUUUACCAUUUUACACCUGCAAUGCUUCUCAAACCACCACUGUGUUUAAUAAGCUACCUUCUGGAGGAGUCUCUUGCUUUGCUUUCAAGUCUUAGUGGAUAAACCCUCGACAAAUCUGUGAAAUCAUGAAAUAACAAUGUCGAUGCUGCCACUUUCAACAGAUUAAUGCAAAUUCUUUAGACACUGUUCACAGUUCAGGUGAAUUAUAUGUGUAACUGAUGUAUUAGUAGUUUCAUUUUUGAAGCAUAUAUAGGUAAAGCUUUUUAUGUACUCCCAAUUUAAUGUUGUAAUGAAAUAAAUACUUUAAAAAAAGAUUAUGUUCCCCAUUAAGGAUUUCUGGGUAAUUGUUGUUUUUUUCUUUGUUAUCCAUCCAAUCAGUAAAUGGUAUUAUAUUUUUUCUUAUAAAACAAAGACAAAAUUAUACAAAUUAUCAGACAGGUAAAUAUUUAGGAAUAUUUCUAAGGCUAAGCAAAAAAAGGAAUAUUUUCAUUUCACAGUGCCCUGGGUGUUUGGAACUUGAAAUAUUCUGCAGUGAAAGCAUUUUCCUAAAUGCAGAUCAGCAUAUACUCCACUUAAUUUUUAUUUCCUUUUUUUUUUUUUUUUGUUGACAGUAUGUUAAAGUGCAUUAUUCAUUUAUUGAAGUUACAUGUAGGUUUUUCCAAGAUACUCUCCUGUAUUAUGUCCCACAUGUCAGAUUUUUGGCUGGUGUAGAUUUACAGCAGCAUAAGUAAAAGCAGAAUCAAAUAAAAUUUAAAUUCCCUACUUGGUCUUCUACUUAUUUUCUCAUCAGAUAUUUUGCUUGACAUGAGGCCAUAUGACCUGUUUGAAAACUGCAAUAUUCAUAGACUACGUGUGGUGACAUUUGCUGUAAUUUCUGUUAUUUCCUUACCUGUUGCAACAUGCAAGCUUUCUUACACUUUCUUAAGAAGAGCUAAAUUCUACUGCUGAUUAAACCAGGGUAAAUCUGGAAUAGCUCAACCAAACAUCUUAGAUUACCAGGUUGUUUUUUUUUUUUUUUCAUUCGGCUCCAGAUUUUUGAGUCUGUUAUAAAAUCACUGGGAAAAAUAAAAAGAAAAGCUCUGAUCGAAUAAGA